AGCAACAUCCUAUCCGAGCACUUGAGGAAAUUCGUGCUGAAUUAUAUGCAAUAUGGGCUAUAGUAGCUCGACCGAACUCUUCGUCGAAUGGGCAGUUGGCCUGGCGAUCAUUGCUGUUCGUAUAUAUGCCCGUUGGUCCGUGGGAAAGCGGAACUUCUACUGGGACGAGCUAUGUCUAGCGUUUGUGACGGUAUUCUGGACGUUCCACACGGUAUUCCUGUACCUUUGCACAGAUGUCUAUGGUUCCAACAUCGGCCUCAACGAGCAGAGUGCCCUUGAGGUACCUAAUGAUCAGGUUGGAGCCUUGCGUGAAGGCUCUAUCUACGCGUUCGUUUCCUGGCUUGCCUAUAUAUUCAUGGUGUGGUCGUUCAAAGGGGUCCUUAUCUUCCUCUACAGCCGCCUAACAACGGGCCUCCGGCAACAUCGUAUUCUACUCGGAGUCGGCAUCGGGGCUGUUAUUACAUUUUUUGCCUCUCUGUUCUUCCACCUCUUCAGUUGCAUGCCUGUUAGCAGGAGCUGGCAAGUCAAGCCGUAUGCCGGUGACAUAGCAGUCAUGGUCGUCCCGAUGCCCCUUAUUGUCGCCGCCCGAAUCAGUACCUUGCAGAAGAUCAUCCUCUGCGGGCUCUUCUCCUCCGGCAUCUUCGUCAUGAUCGCCGCCAUCCUUCGCGCCUACUACUCCGUCACGAACAUCAACAAGCUCUCGACCGCCCUCGGCUGGGCCUCCCGUGAAGCCCUCGUCUCAGCGAUAAUCGUCUGCGCUCCGGGAAUAAAGCCACUUUUGACUAGGAUUGGGUUAUUCCGGUCUUACGGGUCGUCAAAGGGGUAUAAUAAUUAUACAAGCGGAGGUACCCCCGGGUCGAAGUCGAAGUCGAAGUCGAAGUCGAGGAAUACGAGCACGAUUUUUACCUCAAGAAGUAGGAAAAACGGUAGUGUUUUGCACAGCUUCACGGAUAAAAGGGACAGCAAAGGUGACGGGCAUACGCAUCCAUAUGAGCUAUCACGCCUAGAGCAGAGGAAGCGCAGGGGCAGCUCGGGGGAGAGCCAGGAGCAUAUUAUUGAAUCUGGGUAUACAAAUACCAAUACAUCUACUGGGACGGGAGGGAAAGGUGAGCGCGAGGACAGCCCAGAUCAUGGGAUUCUGGUGACUACCGAUGUUACGCUUGCGCGCGAGGAUGCUUAAGGUGCAGGGCGGUUGCGGGCUGGUUUAUACUGCUGGGAUGCAGAAUGGAUGCUGGUUUGCUUGAAUAGCCGAUGUGCCUUUUUU